AUGGACUCGUCUUCGUCCACGUCCUCAGUUAAGAAAACGUCCUCCUCGUCGAAUUGUCGCGUGAAGGAUUUGCAGAAGGCGUCGAAGCGGGCCGAGUUGAAUAAGCUCUACAAAAAGGCUCGUCUUUGACAGCUAGUAUCCUUACCAAAUUGCUUUCUUUUAGGUAGAACGGGUCUCGAAGCGAAUUUUCCACGCCGAGAAGCCCACGUCGACAUUUGUCCCUUCGCAACUCCAACAUCAAUACUCGGCGAGCAGCUCGACGGGCAGCUCUGUCGAUCCUCAAAUGCCGCAUCAGCCGGUGAUCGUGAACCCGCCGUACCCUGUCCACCCGGGAUUCGGCACCGGGUUCCUUCCGCCGCUUCCCAGUCAACAAGUACCACACGGUUAGUCUUUAGGUCUAGUUUAGAGCGUGAUGAAACCGUAGACGAUUUCCAGUUCCGCCCUCCUACGGCUGGGCUCUGAACGGAAUCGAAAGUCCGAGUCUCGCGCCGAAUCAGUCGUCGUCCGCAUUCGGUGCGCUUUCCCUCGACGUUGACGUCGGCAAUGAGACCUCCGGCAGCGGAUUCGAUCAUUUACCGAUUCAUCAGGAGGACGACGACGACAUCGGAUACUUGAGACGUGAUCCAAGUUCUGAUCUCAAAAAAGGUAACGAUUUCGACGACUCACUCCCCAAAAAAUGUGCGAUUUCCAGCGCAAGCGGCAAAAUUGGAACGGGUCAAGCAGCGGAUAAUCGACGACGUCACCGAGAUGAGUCUGAUUCAGAAUGAUGCGAAACAGCUGAACGAUUGGUUCGACUCGAAGUACGUGCAUUUGUUGGUCGACGAGGACGCGAUGACGACGGAAGAGUUGGAAGAAAAAGUGCGAGGGCUCGAGGAGAAGCUGAGGAGGUUACGCGCCAAAACUCCUAUGGGAGGUCCUCCGCCAAGUGAGCCCCGGUCUGAAAUCUAAAUAAAUCGUUUCUUUUUCGUGACAGGACCGCCGCCACCCCGUUCUAUCAGCCAAGAAAGCAGCACAGGUCCGUGGCACUGUGCCAGGUGUCGAACCGAGAACCGCCCGGACGUGUACCGAUGCUCCCAUUGCUCCCUGCCGAGCCGUCGCUUCGAUCCGUGGGAAGUGGCGCGAUGCGGAUGCGAGUACUGUUCGACGGCCAUCAUCAACUAA